AUGAAGGUCGCCGUCGCAGGAACCGGCGACGUAGCAAGUUACCUCAUUGAGGAACUGGGCAACUACGGCCACGAAGUCGUCGUCCUGACACGGUCCUCGAGAGCCGAGCGGAGCUUCGAACAGCGCGAGACCGACUACACGGUCUCGUCUCUCGUGUCGGUCCUCCACGACUGCGAGGCGCUGGUCUCGACGGUGGCCGACUACAGCAACCUCGCCGUCGGCGUGGAGGCCCAUCUGAACAUGCUCGAGGCGUGCCUCGAGUCCGCCAAGUGCAAGACCUUCGUCCCCUCUGAAUGGACGUGCGACACGCAGACGUACCCGGACGAGCCCAGCUUCCUGCGCGAGUCGAACGAGCUCCUGCACGGCAAGCUGGCGGCGGCGAGCGCGGCGAAGGACAUCCGGACCACGAUCGUGUGCACCUCGUGGUUCGCCGACUACGUCCUCCCGGCGUCGAACCGCCACCUGCGAGACAUCGGCGCCCUCUGGCCCAUGGACCACGGGAAGAAAGUCUUCACCGUCUACGGGCCCGGCACGCAGGUCGUCGACCUGGUCCCGGCGCGCGACGUCGCCCGCGCGCUGGCCGUGCUCCUGGACAGCGAGGAGCCGUGGGACCUGUACACGUACUUCUCCGGGCACCAGCUGACCUGGAACGAGCUGUUCGCCAUCGUCAAGCGACGCGACCCCGCCUGGACCUCCGUCAGGCAGUCCCUCGCCGCCACGCUGGCGCUCAUGCGCGCCCCGGAGCACUCGGAAGAUUUCAUGCGCUCGCAGUUCGAGAUCUUGUCCUACACCGGCGCCUCGAGGCUGCCGGGGGACAAGGUCCAGGAGCAGCGCACCAAGUUCUUCCCGCUUGCGCAUUUCAGAACCGUCGAGGAGCUCUUGGACAAUGCCGUCGCGAAGCCAGACGGCAUUUUGUAA